CAUGAUCAAUAUGGCGUGGCGAGAAAUAUAUGAAACAACAUGCCAUGUAUGACUCAUUUUCUAAGAAGUGUAACUUCCGUACGAUGGGAAAGUAGAAGAAUCCACCAGUUUCAACCAUUCUAAACGAUCUAACAGGCAGUAGGGAACAUGUUUAAUUCAGUGAAACACAGUAGUGCCCUUAUGAACAUACCUUCAUGCAACUACUUGGCACAUGAGUGCAGUGGACAGUGUGUGGAGGGAUAUGACUACUGCAUCAGACACAUCUUGGAAGACAAGACUGCCCCCUACCGACUCUGUGGCUAUGUGUAUUCAGGCAAUGGGCGCCGAUGUGUUAUGCCUACCCUAAAGGGAGAUAAACGGGAAUCUGGAUUCUGUGCAGAGCAUGCACGCAAGGCACAGCUAGCCAGGCAGAAGUCGUCACGCAGACAUGUACCACCACCCAGUUCUGAGUCUCUUCUUCUUAGCCUCUCACACUACAGCAAGACAGAAUACAACUCUGCAGCCGCAGCACCUGGUGGUGGUCUGAGGAAAUCAGUGGACAGCAGCAAGAGGUUCGUGGGAGCAGGUAGUGGAGAUUCAAAUAGUCGGCAGAGCAGCCUGGAUGGGAAAGAAGGUGAAACACAGGAGGAUUCACAAGACUAUGUCACCAGGGCCCUCAACCCAUUUGUGGAAAUGGAUGCAGUGAGGGUCAACAGUGCAGCAAGCCGAAUCCUAGAUUAUGCCAGUGAAUCUGACAGUGAUGUAGAAGUCACUGUACGAGGUGAAACAGCAGAAAAUGCCUCAUCAGAUGCUGAGAGUGUUGAUAGUCAGAUGGAAGAUCUCUUCAAGCAUGCUGGAGUGUACACAGCCGAGGAAGUGACAUUGGUGACAAGGGACAAAUUGAUUCGGCUGCAGUCUCUAUAUAUAGAGCAGUUCCGUCGGCUGCAACACAUACUGAAGGAAAGACGGAGGCGCUACCUGCAUGCCCUGAAGCGUGAAAAGGAGACACUUUCAAGCAUCCACAACCAGAGUCGAGAAUCUGUGCGGGAACAGAAGUUGUAUGAGAAACUACGCUCACUGAAUCAUUACCAUAAGAGAAGUGGAGUUGAGGCAGUGCUUCACAAGAAGGCCUUGGAACGACGAGCUCAUGCCACUGAGGGUGUCAACAUUCGACCUGCACCCACAGCCAAGUGCAUCUUCACUGAAGGUGGUGUAAAGUGUGGAGAACGCACACUGCCAGUUGCCAAACACUGCCUGAAGCACAUCCUUGAGGACACACACCAAGUUCUCUUUCGCCCUUGUGGUUGUCGGAGGGCAGAUUUUGUGUGUCGAGAACCGGUACCCAGUAUCUUGGAGGGAGCGUCAUGUGUUUAUCACACUAACCUGCCCCCACCACCACCACCUCUGCCAGCAGCAAAUUUAGGUUUGAAGAUUGAAAAUGGCAGUGAAGAAACAAUGGAAACCUCACUCUCUGCUAAGAAUAAUCCUUUACAGGCUAAAGUGAGCACGACUUCACCAUCCACUCAAGAUGCACUGCUAUUUGGGAACCAUAUGACAUCCAGACAAAGCUUGAAGGAUCCGGGGGAGAGCAGUGGAGCACAAUCCAUCAGUGACAAGACCACAGCAGAGAGUAUGCAGGAUUGUAAAGGAGAAAAUAAUGGUAUGGAUGAUACAGCGGUUGCAGAGAUUGAAGCCCUUAAUAGAAGAAGUGAAACUGACAUGACAACCAACAGUUCGUAAUUGUUAAAAAUAAAUAUGAAUGUUUAUGAGUCAGAAAGAAAAGACACAUCACCAGCAGAAGUUACUGUAUUGUAUUAACUUUUUGUGAUCUGAGUCAAUUUCACAAAUAAAUAUUUGAUUAUAUUAUUUUA